AGGUCCCCGCCAUCCGAAUCCGGUGCCACCUGGUCGCGCCCCGCGGCUUCCGAGGAGUCGUCCUCGCGCUGGACAGCACGUGCGCGGCCGCGGCCGAGGAGAAGCCCUCCCUGCAGCCGGGCGACGGCGACCGUCUCCUGUCGUUGCGAAAACGGGGCGUCUUCCUAGGGGCGCUCGCGGGGGGCGGCCGCUCCAGCGUGGACGCGCUCCUGGAGCGCGCAGGCCUGCCCGCCGACACGUUCCUCCCAGUGGUCGAGAUUUGCGGCGGCAGCGCGGCGGCGGGCGUCGAGCUGGGCCCAGAGCCCGUGCUUCGCUGCUGCGAGGCACCAGGAUCGGCUGCACGUGAGAGUAGCCGUUCAGCAUCGUCUAGCCUACGGUGGGGCGUUUGUCACGG